AUGUCGGUCGAAGUCGUCUUGGAUUCGCCUCUGGCUCAUGCGCUCAACGCUUCCAUUCAACCAAAGCUUGUAGAAGUAGGAUGGAGUACAGGCGGCGCUGAUGACUCUGCGCUUUCGGAAUAUAUAAUCCUCAUGCUGGUGAAUGGAAAGACGCAGGAACAAAUUGCCGCGGAAUUAUCAGGCGAUCUUCUAAACCUUGGUGAUGAUGACCCGGGAGCAAGAGAUUUUUCACAGUGGUUGUUCAACCAGGUUGGAUUAUUGAACUCACAAAUUAGCGGCGGAGGAUAUCCAGAGACUGGCGCAGAGACUGAGCAGGGUCAAUUUGGUGAUUCAAACGUGUCGCAAGAUGCGGAUAUGAAUGAUGCUUCCGAGGCAGGCGAUAUUAAUGUACCAACAGGCCCCAAGUCAAUGCGAAAUGGAAGUGGUGGUAUUAGUCGUCCGCGGGAUAAACGUAUGUUGAAUCAUUUGACGAAGGCAAUGGAUCGCACGCAUGAUGCCGCUCUCCAUCGAGUACGACCACAAUCGGGAAAUGAACGAAUAAAUACGCAUGCGCGAGGACCCCCAACAGGACCAAGAGGGUCUGUAAAUAUCCGAGGUACUGCUCGCACGCAAAACGGGCGUGGGCAUGGCGGCAUGGGGGGUAUGCCAACGCAACAUGGUGCAGCGCAAAAUAUCAUGGGCAUGUCUCCACAACAACAACUCGAACUGUAUGCUAUGCUUGAGCAGCAAUCGAGGUUGAUGGCGCAAAUGUUCACUCCACAACAGCAGCAAAUGAUGCAACGAGGGGGUAACGGCAUGGGCUCAGGAUUUCCGGGACAAGGCAGACCUUUACAUGAGCGAAUGCAACAUCCCAGUCGAUCCCAAAACAAUAACUUCCAGAAGCGCCACGAGCAGCAACCGCAAGCUCAAAAUGACAACUCGAUGGAUGUUGAGAUGAAUUCUAGUGACAAGGUUGAUAGUCUUUCUCCAGACACCACAUGCAGAUUUAACUUGUCUUGCACGAAUAAAGACUGCAAAUUCGCACAUCAAUCUCCUGCAGCUCCUCCAGGAACGGCUAUUGACGUUGCAGAUGUUUGUACCUUUGGUGCAGCCUGCAAAAAUCGAAAAUGCGUUGGGCGGCACCCAUCCCCAGCCCAGAAGAUUGCACAUCAAACCACUCAAGACUGCAUAUAUUUCCCAAAUUGUAAGAAUACCAACUGCCCCUUCCGACAUCCAACAAUGCCAUUAUGUCGAAAUGGCGCCGAUUGUACAACACCAGACUGCAAGUUCACACACGUCAAAACCAUGUGCAAAUUCAACCCUUGCUUAAAUCCGGCAUGUGCAUUCAAGCAUGAAGAGGGCCAGAAGAGAGGAAAAUUUGACGAUAAAGUAUGGGUGGCAGAUGGUUCAAAGGAGCAUGUCAGUGAGCGGAAGUUCGUGGACGAGGAUGGAAAUGAGGAGCUGAUUCUACCUGGAGGAGCAGCAUCAGCAGACACAGGAGCAGGAAGAAGUGGUGAUGCAGAGAUUGCCGAAUAG